AUGUGUGUGCACCAAUUAGCCCAUCUACGGAGGCUUAGCAUCGGGCAGGCCCUGCUUCAGGAAGGAGAGCCCACUGAGAUGAACCGGAUCCGUGCCACCCGCGCACUCCUUGCACAGGCGGGGCUGCUGCCGGUGCCUCGGCGCCACGAGCUUCUUGACGCCGCCGCCAACCUCCCGGAGCUCGCGGCCCUGUUUCAGCCUGCCGCUGCCGCUGCCGCUGCCGCUGCCGCAUCAGACACCGGAGCCGACUCCUCGGCUUCCACCUCCCCAGUCUCCAACAUUCCCUCGCCAUCCGAGCUACAGUCCAAGCUGCAAGCAUUAGAGAAGGCUGUGCGCGCCGCGCCCGCAAGUGCAGUGGGACGGGAGAGCAAUGGGGUUGAAGGGAACGGCAGCGCCGAAUCCAAGGUCCCACAGACCGCCUUGGAGAGUCCGCAGCCAAAAGAUGUAGACAGUGGGCUCACCCCUGGCGCUGCACCUGGCGCUGCACCUGCCGCUGCACCUGGCGCUGCACCUGGCGCUGCACCUGCCGCUGUCGGGGCGGCGACUGCGGCUGAGGAGGUCGAUGUGCUUAGCAUAUCUGUCGUACCCGAGUACGAUCAGUACGGAUUGGAGGCGGAGGCCGUGCGGGCGGUGGUCAGCAUAAAGGCGAUCGCCGAUGUGCCCGAGCGAGCCCGCGUGGCCCUCACCUGCGUACUGGACCGCUCCGGCAGCAUGAGCGGCGGCCCCAUACGCCUAGUUCGGGAGACCUGCCACUUCCUCAUCGACCAGCUCACGUCGGACGACUUCUUGGGCCUUAUCAGCUACGCGCACGACGUCAGAGAGGAUCUGCCCCUGCUGAGGAUGACCCCCGCGUCCCGCACGCUGGCGCACGCUGUUGUGGAGGAAUUGGUUGCCGGCGGCAGUACGGCGUUGUACGACGGACUGGUGGCGGGUUUACGGCAACAGAUGGCGGCGGAAAGGGAUCUGGGCGGCGGCAACGGGGCCAGCGGCGGCGCGUCGGAUUCAUCGUCGCCUUCGUCCUUGAGCCUGGUGCACAGCUGCUUCCUGUUCACCGACGGUCAAGCAACGGACGGACCCUCUAACCCUGCCAGCAUUAUCGAGGGUCUUCAGGCGGCGCAAGCCCCCUCGGGACAACACGUGACGGUACACACGUUUGGCUUUGGCAACGGUCACAGCGUAGAGCUGCUGCAGCAGGUAGCGGAGGCGCAGAGCGGCGUGUACUAUUACAUCAGCUGUGAGGAGGACAUCGCUUGCGGUUUCGGAGACGCCCUGGGCGGCUUGUUGGCGGUGGUAGCCAAAGACGUCCGCGUGGAGGUGCGGCCCCGGUCCGGAGCCACCCUGGCGGCCUUCCGCUCGGGCGGCAGAGUCCUGGGAGCCGCCUCAGCCACCACCUCAGCUGCGACGAUCACCAGCACCACGAGCACAAACUGGCUGCGCAGUCGCAACCGGCUCCCUGGCCGCAGCGGCGGUGCGGGCGCGGGUGCUGAUGGCUCUGACGCGGCAGUUCCCACCGGCGCCAUCUUUAACGAUAUGUUCGCCGAGGAAACCCGCGAGUGCCUCCUGGUGCUCAACAUCGGCCCGGUGGCGGCGAGCGCUCCGGAACCGCAAGGCCAGCAGCAGGGACAGCCCUCGGUAGAGCGAUCGGAAUUGGAGUUGGUGGUGGUGGAUUUGCAGUACACCGACGUCGCCACCGGCCGCCGCGUCGAGCGCUCGGCAACGCUGCGUGUGCACCGUACCGCGGAGCAGCGACCCGCGGGACAGCUGCCGGCGGAGCUGGUGUUCGUAACGGCUGCUCGCUUCGAGACGCUGGAUGCGAUUGAGGCGGCACAGCGUGCGGCGGUGGAGGCCGAGGGUGGCGAUGUGGGUCCGGCACACCAGGUGCUUGAUGCGCAGGUAGGGCGGCUGCAGGCAUCGCCGCUCCAGGUACCGCAGCUCUCAGCGCUUGUGGAGCAAACUCAGCUGGCGAAGGCAACCAUCGUACCACGUGCCAUGCGGGACCAGGCCAAAGUGGCGGCGAUGGCCGGUACGGUUCAAGUCUUGAAGCAGCAGCGAUUGGCCACGAGUACGGUGGCCAGCCCGUUGUGCUACGAGCAGUACGACCUCAAAUGUAAGAUGAAUGUACGCUUGAGCGCGCGUGCGGCGGUGAGCGGGGAAUCCUCCACAGGCCUUCUCAAGUCCUUACGGGCACCCAAAAAGUGCUAGUGGUGCAGGUAUUAGGUGCGCUGUCCCUUUGCCGAGGACGAAAUGGCGACAGCGCCGCGUGUUACCAUACUAGGCGUUUUGCCGGGCACGCUGUGCCAGCGAACGUGUACCAUUGUUUUGUUGUUGCUGCUGUUGGUGCUUGUGGCGGAAUUCAAGGAAAAGGAGGAUAGGUGCUCACGUAUUGUUCAGGAGUACCCAUGCAGGUUUCCAUAUGUAUUGAAACUUAAUGAGCCGGCGCCCUGUCCGCCGAUAGGAGGAAAGCAGAGGAGCUGAAUUUGAGUGACCUGUCAUGUUGGCCCCUUGCGGAGUUAGAGGUGUAGGCGACUAGGCCUUUGCGUGCACCUGGCGUGUUUGGUUGGAUGCCGUUUGGAAAGAGUCCCGCGAGUGGACAGGUGCAAGGAUCGCGAACAGUUCGUUUCACACUUGUAACAUUAGUUGAGAC